AUGCAGAUACCAACCUUCUUUCUGCGCACGAAUAUGCGACUUCUGAUCUCCCAGGCUCUUGUCGGAUGGUUUUGCAUUCGCUGUCGUUACUUGCCGAUCCCAUCGACCGUCAGAUACGCUCUCACUUCAUACGGGUGGUCACACAUCACUACCGCAAAGGACAUCCUGGACAGCAGAUGCGGCUUCAUUCUACCCUGGGAAUUAACCAUCUUCCUCCCAGUAGUUCUGGACGAAUACAUCAUGAACAGUAUGCCUGAACUGGCCAUUCUCCUCGGAAACUCGCCUUGCGAAGUUGCGCCAAAGGACCCAGACACCCACAUGUGUGUCCCAGACAUCGCAUAUCAAUGUCAGCACUAUGCAGACAUGUGGGCUCACCGAAAUCGGCUCGCGAGUAGUUUGGAAAUCAUGGAAAUCUGUUGGGAGAAGUAUCAUACAGAUGUCAACACCGCGAGGAAGCACCAUGAAAUUGGUCAUAAGCAUGAAUCACAAACCCUCAUGAUGCUGGCAGGCUGUUUGCAGGCGUUGGAGUCUUGGGAGAAGAAGAGGGAGAUGUGCCCAUCAAUCCCGCCCAUCUUCCAUUGUAUUGCGACAUAUGGAGCACAAGACUUCGUCGCAGAACUCCAGCGGAAAAACUUGGGCUUGGUCGAGGAGGAACAGACAAGACAGGAAGCCGAUGCCGAUGGAGGCAAGGAAACAGCAACUGACGAGCAGGUCGAAGCUGCGACAUCAUGA